AUUUAGACGCGCGUGUAUAUCACCAAGGUUUCGAUAUUCACCUGCACUGUUUUCCGCUUUGGUCCCGCCUUCACUCCAGCUGACCGGCCUCGAUUACCCUGUGUUGUAGGACGGACUUUCCGCGGCCGUUAAUUAUAAAUUAUCAAUUUAAAACUGUAUGGUUGACAGCGGCCGCUCGUGUCGGGAAAGCACUCCAUGUUCGUUGACAUUUUCAUCCGGAUAUUUUUUAUUUUAUUUUUGACUGUGGAUGUUAUUUCUUUAGUUCGUGUCUUGGAAUCUACGGUACCAUAACUAGGCCGCAACCCUAUCCCCGGUGUCACCUACGUGCAUUAACGUUAACUGGUCAUCAACUGGAGACAACCAUGGGGGACACAGGCAGUGAACGAAGCAAGCCGCCACCACGCUGUUCCUGUGGAUUUUGGGGGUCCAGCAAAACCAUGAACCUUUGUUCCAAAUGUUUUACGGACAUUGAGAAGAAGCAGCCAGGCGAGGACUGUGCCCCAGAGCCUGCCCCCAGCUCAAGCAACAGCCAGUCAGUCAUCUUCUAUAGCGAAUCAAGCAGCAGCAGUAGCCAAUCCCUUUCGUCAGCGCCUGUCAGCUCAGAGGACCCGUUGCCCGGAGACACACAAGCCACGCCUUUACCUGAACAAGAUGAAGUCUCCAGCACAGACACAGCCCACGGCAUACUAGUAUCCACCCCCACAAAACGGCCCUGCAACUCAGCCUCUGAGUCAGAGAGUGACGCAUCCCCAGAGAAGAGCGCAAGGGUGGGCCCCGGGUCUAAGGAGUCGUCAUCUACCAAUGGGGGUCCCAAGCAGAAGAGAUGCCGGCGCUGCCACCAAUGCCAUACCAAACUGGAGCUGGUACAGCAAGAGCUCGGCUCCUGCCGCUGUGGCCUCAUUCCGGGACAGAAAGCGAUUCCCUUUCUUUACUUUCCUCUGGAGCAUUAGAACUGGACUGAGAUUUUGUACUUGACACACAAAACUGUAAUACUGUUUUAAGAAACCUACUUUGAGCUAAUGAACUUGUUUUUCAUAAAAAUUAAACUUCAUACAUAGACUCAACUCAUCAGAGUUAAGAACUGACGCAUAAGUUGCUUUACCCUCGUCUUCUAGAACUGCAGACCUGGAGGCAUAGAUUUAGGCCUCGCUCAAGGAAAUAGGCCACAAUGUUGGGGUAAAUUCCAUUUUAUUGCAGUGAAUUCUUGAAGUUGACUGAAAUUCCAAUAUUCUUAACUGUUUAAAAAAAUAUAUAUUAAGCAAAGGUUCAAUGGAAUUUCAGGUCACGUCCUGAAUUGACUGAAUUAAAAGGGAAGUGACCCCAACUCUGAUUGGCCAUACCUUAGCUUAAAGACAACUAGAUGGAUACAGAUAAUCAGCUAAACUAACUUGGUGUUGAUUACUUUACUAAUAUUUAGCACUACCAUAGUUGACUACCCCUAUUUUCAUGUUGUCAACAGCAAGUACAAAUCAAUAGUCUAAAUCACUUUGAAUAUGCUACCUCUUUAAGGCUUAGCUAUAUAUAUAUAUAUAUCUGAUAACAAUCAUAUCAUGUUAGUAAGCCUAUCAUUUCAGCCACAAAGCAGUAGUUGUAGGCUACUUAAUGUGUCAUUACUGAAGCCAACGCCCGUGCUUUAUUAGCACUGCUAUUUAUUAUGACAACAAGUCAUUCUAAUGAUGGCUUAAUGACACGUCUCGCUGUUAGUGACUGACUGCUUCGCCACCAAAUUGAUGGCACAUUCUGUUUAGAGCUAGCAGCAUUUUCACAGCAAAGUUAACUAUCACUCGAGAAAGCGCUUUCCCUGCCGUUUGUCAGUAGAAGUACCUCACUUGAUCCGUUUAUCUAUUGGCUGUGCUUUGUUUUUGGCUGUGAACGUUUUUCAGUGCAAUAGCUUUGUCCCUUUAUCUUAUAUUAACCAUGCUCUGUUUGAAGUUGUGUGUUAACUGUUAACACAAGUAGGUACAUCUGUUAGCAUUUUACAUGUCAGAGGGUGUGUGUGUACGGUGCAUGUGUCCAUAUGUACACAACAGUCACACACACCACUUCAGGGACACACACCAGUUACUUUAGUCACCAAACCUCUUUCUCCUCAUACUCCCACCAAGCCACGCUCUCCCCUAUCCCACUCCCCUUUUGCGUCCAUCAGCCACUCCCUCUUCCACCAUUACCUUCGGCUCCAUGCUAGCCCCGCUGUAGCACCACACCACCCCACACACUACCACAUCUUUCUUUAUUCAUUCCUGUGCAUGGCUUAAUAAUUGCCUCUGCCACUCUUCAAUUAAAGGGCGCUUCGGUCGCUGUCGCUCUGAGACUUUAAUCAGUGUUCGUCGCUGUCAGGAACAUUAUGCAUAUUAACGAAUACAUUAAGACUCCCAACGUAACUAACGAGUCACUCUCUCUCUGUGUAUUAUUGAGACUCCUUUCAGCUACCAGGGCUUUGUGGAGGACCGACACAAUGGAGACUCAAUGGGGAGGAUCGCUGGUGGUAGUGUCUUCACUGGCAAUGAUACUCAGGCAGCUUAGCUCCUAAGGGCUGAUUUGAGAUCAGGGAUCUUUGACUGACAAUGAUACUCAGGCUGGAGUGAAUUGAAGAAAGUGGGUGUUGUACCUCCUAAUGACUGACUCGAGGUCAGUCCUAGCUCCUAAGAAUUGGUUUGUGAUUACAUGUUUCAGGCGUAGAGUAUUGAAGACAGGCCUUGUUGCUUCUUAGGACUGAUUUGAGAUUCGGUGUUUGAUGUACUCAUUGGUGUUCUCGUGAACACAGAACUGAGAACAGAGUAUAAUAGCAUUAGAAUACUUUAUUCUCUAUACUCUGUUCUCAGUCCUUAGGAGCUAAGCUGCCUGAGUAUCAUUGCCAGUGAAGCCACUACCACCAGCGAUCCUCCCCAUUGAGUCUCCAUUGUGUCGGCACUCCACAAAGCCCUGGUAGCUGCAUUAGCUGCAAUUGCAUUAGCUGGGGUUGAAGCUUUACAACGUGGAGAUGCAUUUGCUUGUCUCUGUUCUAUUGAAUUGGAUCUGGAUGUAUUGACGUAUUAGAGAAAAUGUUGCCACUAUACUGUAGCUAGGGGAUCGUGGUCUGUGCCCAAUUUAACUUUUGAAAGAAUUUGAAAAAGUACUCUUCUGCACCCUUACUCCCCUUCUCCAUCUCCUCUCUAUCUAUUCACAUCUUCAUUUAAUCUUUUUUGUCCCCCUUUCCUGCCCAUCACCAUCAAAAUAUGUAGCCUAACAACAAGGGUGCUCCCAAAGAGGACAAAAUGUUGCCUAAAAAAACUGGGGGAGGGCCAGAAAAGUAAGGGAGUUUAACUAUUGGUGCAACGACACAUCUGUAAACCAAUUGAAAAAGGAGAACAACGUUUCUCCUGCCUCAUUUUCUCCCCACUCCAUAACUCCCCUAUGUUGAAGAAUGCAUUACAUGUAUUUAGGUUUGGAAAUGUCCAUAAGGCGUAUGCUUCCCAGCUGAAACAGUUUGGUAGAGUUUGUAUAUCUAUGACAACAUUCUGUGAUGUUUUUGUUAGUUUUGGACUUCGGUGAGGGUUUUUUCGGCCGUUCAGGCACACAUUAUUUUCCAGAGGCAAUCCGAAGUUUGGAGCCGAAGUCUACGCCCCUUCAUCGGUGAUUGGUCAACAGUAUGGAUUCUUCAAUAGUCUUUUAAUGAGACGACUCAUUUUCAUGCACAUUUUUCAUUGAGAAAUACUUCACCAAACAUCUUACUUAGAUGUAAAAUUGUGCGACUAAGAUCUAUUCGGCAAAACGGCAGAAUGAAUGACAGACUUCUUGUUAGAUUAAUUCGGACUAUUUUGAGUGUAUACUGGCUACAGCUUCUCAAAAUGGACAAACAUUACUAUUGAUAAUGCGUUUUUCUAGUUUUUCAAGCCAAGGUCUUUUAAGGGAGUAUACGAUCACACUCGUUCCGUUCGGCAAAGAGCAUAGUCAGCACCACUUCAACAUUUUUUUGGGUGUGUCAACUCAUGCUAUAUAUAAAAAGUAAAAAAACAUCUCACCUUCUCACCAACAGGCUAUGUGUUUUGCAUGCUCCACCGGCUGCCCGAGCAGCACGACUGCCUCUUCGACCACCUGGGGCACGGGCGUGAAGAAGCCAUCCUCAAGAUGGUCAAGCUGGAUCGCAAGGUGGGCCGCUCAUGCCAGCGCAUC